GAGCAGGGGUUGUCAUUGACUUUCCCUGAGGCUGAGAGAGUGGGACUUGCCCAGGGUCAUCCAGUGGGUUUCCAUGGUUGAGCUGGAAAUUGAACCCUCGCCUCCAAAGUCACAGCCCAACCACUAUGCCAUGCUGGCUCUUCUUCAUCUGUGCCUUUGCCUACCCCAAAAGAGGAGGAUGUGAUGCUUGAGAAAAGUGUCCGCAGGCUACGAGAGAAAUUCUAUGGGAAAGUGAGCAUCCCAGAUGCUGUGGUGCUGAUGCGGCAGCUCUGCAACAACCACGACAUUGCCUGCAAGCGCAUCAUCCUCUGCAAAGAUGAGCUGGACGAUGCAGACGUCAGAGAGACACUCAACAAUGAUCCUGUGGCUUCGAGAGUGGUGGACAAACUGAAGAAAGAAGAGGAGCAAAAGAAACAGCAAGCCGAGGAACCAUCAAGUGUGCAUGACAAAAUCAAGGAGGUUGCUGAAAAGCUAAAGGUCUUGGAACUGACUGAAAAGAAUGUACGCAUGUUCAAUAAUGCCAAAAACAACCGGAUCCCCCCUCGUGACCGACAGUUUGCCUGCCAGUCCUGUGACAAUAUGUGGUGGCGGCGUGUCCCAGAGAGAAAACAGGUAUCCCGUUGCUACAUGUGUAGGAGCCGUUAUGACCCAGUACCAUACAACAAAAUGUGGGGCGUAGCAGAAUUCCAGUGUACCUCAUGUGGACAUACUUUUAGGGGAUGGGCACAGAUGGGGAACGCCUCUCCAUGUUAUCGCUGCCGUACACCUGUGUUCCCAAUCUGUAUCAUCCCACCUCAAAAGACCCAAGGGCACAGAGGCAGACAACAGCAUUCCUGCUUUGCUGAGGACUGUUACAACCGAAGAGAGCCCCACGUACCUGGAACCCACUGUGUGCACCCUCUAAGCCGACGUAAGAACCGUUUGCCCAAAGUGAUCUUCCCCAGCCAAGAGCAUGACAGCACGGGCUCCACAGUGGCCACCUGCAUCAGUCAAGGCAGCUUGAUAGAGGACAUCAAUGAGCUCAUCCUGGAAGAUUUGAAGGAAAUUGAUGAAGAAGAAGAAGAUGGUGAGAGCAACGGUUAGCCCAUGUAAACCUGGUGUAGGCCUCUUGUGGAAAAUGGAUGGCAAAGUACAGAUUGGUGGUGGUUUCCUGAGGAUGGAGCCUUGGUUUUAUGUUUCCUGAGGUUUCCAGCCUGCCUGUCUUCAUAAUGUAUGUGAAUGACCAUUCUUAAAGAUGGAGACCACUCACCAAUCAGUCUUAAUUUUUUUCUGGUGGUCCCACCUGCCUGUGCCAUUAAAAAGAACCAAGGAGACUAAAAAUGUGCUGUAUCCUUCCAUCCCAUUCAACAUGAAUUUCCACCAGCAAUUUGAAUGUUUGCUAGUGACUGGGAAGAGAAGAUAGCAUGUUGCUGUGCAAUUACCCACUGGCCUUGUGUACAUAAUACAUUUCCAUUAAGAUGCACUUACAGUUAGGAAAGAUGCAUGCUGCUUCAGCUUUGUGGAAACUAGACCAUCCCAACAAGACAAAAAGCUGAGAGGGCCAUAACUGCUGUGGUUUCUGCUUUAGGCAGCCAUGACUGAAAGACUCAAACUAUGGCAAUACUUCUCCUCGGGGAAGUUGCAGGAUGAAAGUGAACAGUACAGCUCAUGUGUGCUUUUAGGAAAUGUCCUCUUACUUUUAAAGUUAAUUGGGCUGGAAUUCAAAAGAUCCCAUCUUAGUCAUUAGGUGUCUGGCCUGAAUAAUCAUGUUGACUUAUGCAUAGAUAUAAAUACCCUUACAUAAGCAGUAGCACUUUCUAGCAAGUUGCACAAUGGGGGCAUCCUAAUCUUGGUAGUGCAAGUCCUGCGUUGUUGACGUAAGCCAUGGCACAUGGCUAGCAGCAUUGGUCUAGUGCAGUGAUGAUGAACCUAUGCCAUGCAUGCCAGAAGUGUAACUCGGAGCCCUCUAUGUGGGCACACAUGCUGUCACCCUAGCACACAGUUUGCCAGAGUUUCUUAGUAGAAAGCCAGAGGGACGUGGCACUUUGCAAUAAAUAAGUGGGGUCUGGGUUGCAGUGUGGGCACUCGGUCUGUAAAAGGUUCACCAUCACUGGUCUAGUGACGUGGUAGAUGUGGUCCCUAGCAGAGCCAUUGCACAACUUGUUUCACAGUGGUGUGAUCCAGUACUACUAUCAUGUAGCUACACAACAGAACAGGACCUUGGCCUGAAAGCCCCAGUAGUGGGUGGAGGUGGGGGAAGUGACCAGAAGUCACCCAUAGUAUGUAUUUGUAUGGAAGGCCUGUAAACUUGUAACAGAUUCUGUUCACUUGGGACCAGAAAUCGGAGGUGUGUCACAAGUACUAGUUAACAGUCCUGUUCAGGUGAGUCCAGCUUCCUUACUCCUGAAUAUGGAGGAAUCUAUGCAUUAUGUGAGUCUCUCUUGCUUUUGAGUUUGUUGUUUGCCAUUGGAAACUAUUUUGAGGGUUUAAAACCAAAUGAUGGCAUAGAAGUAUUCCCCUCUGCCUUUUAUAAGCAAAUGAGAUAAGGUCUCUUCCACACUUCACAAUUACAGUGGUUUGAUACCACUUUAACUGUUGUGGCUGCAUCCUGUAGUUUGAUGAGACACUAGAGAUUUCAAAUAGAAAAUGCUAUGUAUCCCCUGCUUAAACUGCAAAUCCAAACAUUCCAGUGCAUUUAAAGUGGAAUCACAAUGUUAUAAUUAUAAUGAAGUAAAUAAGACUAAAUAUUCCCUGAAGCAUUUAUCUGACAUUAGCUUUGCUCUUGGAAACCAUGUUAAUGCUUGCCAUGUGUCUUGUCUUUGAGAGUAUCUGAUUUCUCAUAAUCUUGGAUCUCCACAUUGACAGUUAGUCAGAUCUACCUUGUUUGUCACUUCUCUCUAAACAAAUGUUUCUUAUAUAUUCAUAGAUGUAAAUGUAUGGCUGUUCUCUCUCUCUCUCUCUCUCUCUCUCUCUCUCUUUUGGCUUUGGUACUUUUUUUAAUUGAUGCAAAUAAAUAUGGAUUUUUUGCCCAUUGAGAAACUGUGUAG